AUGCGGGCAAUUUUCAAUCAGGCAGUCAGGGCUAACCAAGGUUGUCUUUCAGAGGCAAGCAGCAACCCUUUAACGCCAGGGGACAGAACCCAAAAUUCAAAGGAAGGAGAGGAAAAUAAACGAAAAAAUUGUAUUGAGGGAUACAGAAUUAUUUUGAGCUCCAAGGUCUACCAGAAUGUAAAGCCUCAGGUAAAAAUACCAGUCGGUCAAUUUGAGAGUUACCAACAAGCGAUAAAGAAAUUGUUGGAGAAAGGGGCAAUCGAGAAAUGCGAGGAAAGUGCGGACAAGUUCGUUUCGUCGUAUUUCUUAAUACUGAAACCAGACGGUCGUGGAGUACCACAAGCUUUUCGUAAGUGGCAGAGUACUUAUCCAUGGCUCGAUCUGAAUUCAAACAGUAGAGCCAUUUGUAAGCUCUGUACUGAGGCAACGCAAAAGAAAUUGCCAUUAGCGAAGAAUAGUCAAACUGUAAUUGGUCAAAGUACUUGGGUAGAAGACGGUUUUGACACGUGGAAAAACGCCGUUCUACGGUUCAUGAAGCACGAGAAAAGUGAAUUGCAUCGUGAAGCUUUAACUGGAAUAGUCAAUUUGAGUAAGCCAACGGUUGUGAGUUCUUUGUCACACGGAAAGAAAAAAGAGAUGGCUGAUGCACGAAUAGCUCUUGAAAAGAUGUUUAACACUGUCAACGUCUUAGCCAGACAAGGGUUGGCAUUGCGAGGAUGGGAUAACGAUGAAAAUUCUAAUCUCAUCCAACUAUUGAAAAUGAGAGCCGAAGAUGUUCCGCAGCUUGAAGCAUGGUUGAAACGGACGAGUUAUAAAUGGCUGCACCAUGAUUCUGUCAACGAAAUCUUAGAGAUAAUGGCUGAAGAUUUAAUCCAGAAACUCUUGAGGAAAAUAAAAUCGGUUGCCUAUUUUGCGCUCAUAGCAGAUGAGACAGCUGACAUUACUAAAGUGGAGCAGGUAUCCAUUUCCAUCAGGAUUGUCUUGGAUGAUUUAUCAAUUGAACAGAUCUUCAUGGGCUUCUAUGCAACGAGUAAUACGAGAGUAGAGACACUAUUUAAAAUUAUGAAAAAUGUUUUACUUCGCUUCAACUUAAAUAUUGCCAAUCUACGAGGCCAAUGCUACGACGGUGCGUCCAACGUCAGUGGAAGAUUGACUGGGCUACAGGCUCGAAUCCACGAAGAAGAACCUCGGGCACUUCACGCGCAUUGUUCGGCGCAUACAACGAACCUUGUUGCUCAAAAUGCCAUGGAAGCCGUUAAAUGGGCUAUAAAUUUCAUCGGAGUAAUCAAGGAGUUAAUCAAUUUUAUUCGGGAUUCUCCUAAGAGUGGCAGAGUUCAAACUUCUCCAAACAGAAGACUCACCUAA